AUUAAUAAGGGGCCGUUUGCGCUAUAAAAGCACGUACCUUCGCCGUUUGAAGUCAGUGUGUACCUCACAAACACCAUCAAACCAUCUUCUACAUAUACCGAAAAUGAUCUUCGCUGGGGCUGUCGCGAUUCUUCUUUACGUAAACGCCGCACUGGCUUCACCCCAUUUGGUGAAACGGGGCGUUUUCGAGAGCGGCUACGAGUCAUGGGGCAACUCCUUCGACGGGUUCGGGCACAGCGGACUGGGAUCCACCGCAAUCGUUUCCGCACCAGUCAUUUACAAAGCCCCGUCGUACCAUGGACCCCAAAUCAGCCCUGCAGAAAUCGCUUCAGCCAUCCAGGCGGCCAAGGAAGCCUCGGCAAAUGUCAUGUCAGCCCAGAAACGAGUCCAGGAAGCCAAAGAGGACGUGCUACAUCAGCAACACGUCGCCAGUCAGAAACAAGCCGACGCAGCGCUCGCCUUACAAAAAGCGGAAGCGGCCGCGGCAAUUCAACAGCAAGAAGCCAAAGCGGCCGCCCAAUCGCUCGUCCGUGCCCAGCAACGUUUGGCGCAAAUCAAAGCGGAAGUGUCCGAGGCCCAAAGGGCGGCUGCCCAUAAAGAAGCUCAUGCCGCCCAUAUUAUUCAAAAGAGUGCGAACGCUGCCGCCCAUGAAAUCCAAAAGAAUGAUGAGGCGGCCAAGAAGAUCCAGCACAUCCAGAGCCACGGUAGUGCGGCCAUAAGGCAGGCCGCCGCGGCCAAACAGGGCUCUCUAACCGCCGCCUCGGCCGCCGUGGCCGCCUCUCAGGCUUCCGACGCUCAUUCUGGUGGUUACAGUGCCGCCGGUCCUUGGUACGGUCAGAAGGUCGUCGAUUUGCAUCCGUGGGGUUAAGUGAGGUUACCGUAGUUUUAACCCUUCUUGUCUUUUAACACUUUUUCUAUUCUUUAUUGUAGUCACUUAUUACCGGUAGUAUGUAGUUAGCUUUUAGUCAUUGUUAUGCUUGGUUAAUUUAAGAUAAAAUUAAAAAAAAAAUUAUUUGGAGUUUUAAGUAAAUAGUUUAAUUUUAAGUAGUUGUUGACGUUAUAAAAUGUAAAAAAUAAAUAAUUUUUUUUUAUCAA